AUGAAAGCUCGAUUCCUUAGUGCAGGGCUGCUCGUGGUGGCCCUCAUCGCCUGGUUCGCCGCGCCCACCCACGGCCAGAUCUUCGAGAGCAUCUGCAGGGAUGCCAACUGCACGGACAUUGCGCUGGGACCGCUGGCCCUGAUUCCGCAAUGCUAUCGGACGCCGCAGGGCUCGGUGCGCCUCAACAUCAACGAGUCCGAUCCCGACGUCCUCGACCUCUGCUUCUACCUGUCCGAGGACUGUAAUGAAACGAGUGUCGACACUUGUCACAUGUUCGUCAACGGCGAGCCCUGCGACUGUCCAUUCUUCAGGGGACUCAGCGACUCGCUCUCCGUGGUGUUCGAGUGGGACCCCGCCACGAUCGAGUUGCUGAUCGACAUCAUCGACAUGCAGCUCUUCAACAACUUCUUUGGACUCACUGAGUUUGGCAACUGGUGCGGUCCUGGCCACGGCGGCACCAACGACUGCUGUGACGACGAGGUCUGCUCGGCCUGCAACGACACCAUCGGCUUGACCAUGGAUUGCCUGGACCAAUGCCCGGCGGAAGACGACCUCGAUUUCGCGUGUGCCGUCCACGAUUUCUGCUACGGCGCCAACGACUACGAGGAGCUGUUCCCUGAUGAGGACUUUGAGUGCUCAUCACUCUUUGGGAUCCAAAAGUCGGGGUACUGCGAGUGCGAUUGUCAGCUUGUGGAGACUGCUCGUGACAUCGACUCCAACGACUUCUACAGGAGCGCUCUGAUCUUCACCUUCACCCACAUCACCAACUGCUGGUACAAUUCGACCAGCGGUCCCGUAUGCAACACCAAGGGAGACGAUCGAAUCCUCGUUACCGAGUUCUGCUGA